AUGGGUGUACGCAAUCUCUUUAACAAGCCUUUACACUUUGAAUAUUCAUUGGCAUUGUUUGCCUUGUGGAAAUUGCUUAGACUUUACGCUUUAUCUAAACAAUUAUGUUUAGUAGCUAAGGAGUUGGCCGGAGAGAAGAAAGUUGUUACAACAUUGGCAAGAAAGGAUGAUGAAAAUUACAAGAAAACUUUGGCUCUUCUUAAACCAUAUUUAACUUCUGCAGCCUACCACAAAACCUUGGAGUACGCUAAAGACAAACUUAAGUUGCAAUUUCUUUUUGAAGUUGUUCAUCUAGUUGCAAGCUUGGCGUUUGCUUUUAAUAAAACAGCACUGAAAUUUUGGCAUUUUGCUGGAAAAUUACACAAUCAUAGAUGUGUUUACUCACACGUCAUGGCUUAUGUUGCUGUGAGGGCUGGUUUUUCCUUUCUCUUUAGAUUUCCAUUCAGAUAUGGAUCAAGGUUUUGUUUGUCUAAGAAGCACGGAUUGAAGACCAAGAGCAAGUUUGCAUUUUUCAAACAAUUGUUAGCAUGUUAUCUAUCGAUUGUUUUCCUUGGUACCCUUUUCCUUUCAGGUUUAACGUUCUUGAGCAAGUUUUCAAAGAAACAUUUCCACCUGAACGUUGUUUUAUUCUUGGUUGCUCUGGCAAUGGUUUAUGUAUGGCUGGUUCCAUGCCACUUCAAACUAUUUCUCAAGGCCCAUCUAUUACACGAUUCAGAACUUAAGAAGGAAGUUGACUUGAUGGCCAAAAAAUUGGGACUGUCGCACAAAAAUGUAAGAGUUGUACCUUCAGAUGAAGCCAGCGAGCUUGUUACUUUGGCUUGGGGACUUGGAAAGUCAAGAUGGCUAUAUUUGAAUGAAUCUUAUGUCAACCUGGGAAAACCCUCUGCUCUUGCACUGGUCGCUCACGGUUUAGGGCACUUCAGACAUCAUCAUUUUUUCAAAUUUUUCUUAAUUAAGGUCGUUAAAGUAGCCCUUUUUGUGUUUGCUUUCCAUCACUUCAAGGGACACAACAACCUAUUCAAGAGCUUCGGAACGCACUCAGUAUCGGCAUUGCCACUUAGACUCGAUACUUUUGCGGCCACUGCUUAUGUUUUUGUCUCCUUCUUCUACGUAUUGAAAAAUGUCUACAGCGACUUUGUUGAAUUCGACGCUGACAGAUAUGCCGUCAAACAUGGACACGGAGAUGAAUUAGUAAAUUUCUGGACUACGGUAUACAGGGAGAAAAAAUGGUUUUUCAAUGUAGACCCAUUGUACGGUCCCCUAUUUAAUGAAAGACCAUCUCUCUUCGAAAGAGUUUAUGCCGUCUAUGAUGCAACUGUGCCAGCAAAGCCUGCUACUUAA